CUGACUGCAGUGAUUCAGAACACGGUGAAGGGCUUGCAGACUCAGCUCGAGGCUCGGUUCCUGUCUGUGGAGACGAACGUGACCACCCUCACCCAGCACAUGGGGAAUGCCAAGGCCCACAUCACCGCCAUCAACAAUCAGAUGACGGAGGUCAUGAAGAUGCAGAGUCACUCUGACAGCCUGAAGGCGCAGUACCCUGACCUCCUGGCCAACGUGGAGGCCAAGUUCUUCGCCAUAGCCCAGAGCUACUCUAUCAUCUUCCAGAACAAGGAUGACGCCAGCCAAUUCCAGAGGGAAGCCAAUCGUGCUGGUGUAGUGUGGACUGAUCCGAGGUCUCAGCUCCCACACCAGCUUCGAGUGCGCGCUGACCUUCCCCAGCCUGUUCGCAACAAGAAGCGUGCAUUUCACAAACUUUGGCUCCCAGUUCGAGACCUGUUGCAGCAAUCGUACAUGUGGUCGCCAGAUUGUCAACUCGGCAUUGACGGCUUCCGCGGAGUGAUGAGGGUGAAGAAUGACCUGGACGUGUGGAACCUAAUUGAGAUCAAGCAGGUCCGCAUUCGCAAUGGUGAGGAGCAGUUCACAUUCGAACCCAAUUUCGAGGAGGUCGAGGAGUGGGGCAUCACCAGGGGGACUAUCAUGGCCCUGAUUGAGUCCCAG